AUGGAUGCUAACGCCCACGGCGACCGCCAGCCCAACAAUUUUCAGUCUACAGGAUGGGGUCACAGCAAGGACAAGUGCGCGACGGAGGAGGCCGUCCUGGCGCAGAUCGUCCAUGCCGACAGCGACGCCGACUCCGUCGACAACCAGGCCUUCUGCGCGGCGCCGGGCCUGCCAGGCGAGUGUGGUGCUGUUGACCUAGGUCUAGUGGGGGUAACGGAACUAGGCCAGGAUGUCAUGGUGUACGUGGCUGAUACAGCAGCCACGUGCUCCAUGUUCCGAUGCGCAAACGCGUUCGUGAACUACCGCGAGUGUAGUGGUUGGGUCAAGGGGAUCGGAGGCAACAAGGCCCCCGUUCCUCUCCUAGGGUACGGAGACGUGACCGUAGUCUUUUUGACCGAAGGCGGUAGGGUACCAGUGCUAAUCAUGAACGCCGCUCAUGUGCCCGAGUCCCCCCGCAACCUUCUCUCACUGUCGGCGUUGGCCGAGGAAGGCCACACGUAUUCCGGCCAGAAGGGGGGGCUGACUCUCACUACGAGAGCCGGGGGGAAGGUGUGGUUCCCCCGGACGGGGCGUCGGCUCCUCUGGGGCGCCUCGAAGGAAGGACCGCUGCGCCACGGGCUCGAGCGCGGCCGCACACGAAGGGAGACCCGGGAGCUGCAAGGCCCCGAGGAGCCGCCGGGUCCAGACGCCGAGCCAGACGCCGAGCAAGCGCUGCUGGCGGAGAUCAUCGUGGACUACGUUUCCAACUCGCUGGUGCCGGAGCGGUACGACGAGGAGCAGGUCAACAUCGAGUACCGGCGUGAGAUGCAUGAGCUGCCGUAUGGCACCGAGCUGCAGGAAGAGGCGUUCGGUGCAGAGGCAGGGGACAACGGGUCAUCGCAACCUCUUCAUGACCCGCAGCUAAGUAUCCCCUCGCCCUUCGGCCAGAAGCCAAGUGAUGUAGAGUGCGUGCCCUUGACGUACAAGGAUGUCCUUAACUCCAAGUACAAGGUGCUGUGGGAAGCAGCCAUAGCAAAGGAGUUCGACGGCCACAAGAAGACGGGGACGUUCUCCGAGAUUAGCGGUCUGCCCGAGGGGCGUAAGGCCAUCAGUGCGAAGUGGAUUUUCUCGCACAAGACCAAUGAGAAGGGGCUGAUUGUUGACUUCAAAGCACGUAUGGUUGCGCGUGGUUUUUCUCAGAUUCCCGGUGUGGAUUUUCACCACUCAUCAUCCGCAUGCCCUUCCGCGGUGUCCAUCAAAACUAUGGUGGCCGUAUCCACCGAGAAUGGUAGGAGGCCUGUCCACUGGGACAUUAAGCAGGCGUACACACACGCCAAGCUGAAGGAAGAAAUCUACCUGAGGCUUCCAGACGGUUGUGGUGUUUGGACUGGCAAGGCGGUGAAAGUCGAGCGUGCUCUGUAUGGACUCAAGCAGAGUGGGCGCGAGUGGGGGUUUGAGGCUGCCGAUGCCCUGAUCUCAAACGGCUACGAGCAGUGCAGGGUGGACCCCUGCAUUUUCCGCAAGGUGGUUGACGGAGAAGUCGUAGGUCUCAUUGUGAUCUACGUGGAUGACAUCAUGUUGUGCGCGACCGAGGAGGAGCGUGAAGAGUUGCUAGCGUCUCUCCAGAAGGGAUUCCCUGUGAAGGAUCUAGGAGAUUGCACCUGGUACGAUGGGUGUGCCAUUGAGGUGGACCUUGAGAAUGGUACCACCAAGCUGUCCCAGACGGCUUAUAUCGAGAGCAUGCUCAACCGCUUCAAUGUCACGACCACUGCUCCCACGCCCGCUGUCGUCGACGAUGACCUAGGGCCGAAGAGAGACGACGAGUCCUCGGUGGACAAGCCCGUGAGGGAAGCGAUCGGAUGCCUGAUGUGGUUGCUGUUCACGAGGCCGGACAUCGCGCUGCCUUUGAACAAGCUGCAGAAGAUCGCCCACUCACCCACCGAGAGGAUGUGGAACGCGCUUGUGCGGAUCAUGUCCUACCUCAACGAGACGAAGGACCUCGGGAUCACCUACGUCCGCGGAUCAGGGCUAGACCUAGACGUGUUCGUCGAUUCUAGUUACGCCGACAGCACCGUUGACAGGCGUUCGACGACGGGGCUAGCCGUGACUGUAGGUGGGACCGUAGUGUGCGCAUUCAUGAAGACACAGCCAGUGACGGCUCAGUCGACCACGGAGGCAGAGUAUGUUGCAGCCGGGGAGGGCGUGAAGGAAGCGUUGUUCGUGCGUGGUGUUCUGUCGUUCAUUGCGCCCGAGACGAGCGGUGCCACGAUCAGGGUCCGUGAGGACAACGAGGGGGCUCUCGCGUUGGUGCAGAACCCUUUCAGCUCGGCGAGGAGCAAGCAUAUCGACGUGCGGUUCCACUUCAUCCGCGAGCUCUUCAAGGUGGGCAAGAUCACCGCAGAUUAUGUCUCGACAGAAGAGCAGCACGCCGAUAUGCUGACCAAGGUCCUUGGUAGGGGCAAGUUGGAGUACCACCGGAAGGCUCUGAUGAACCUGCCGAUGUAG